AUGACUAAAGAUCAUAAGAAAGGACUUAUCAAACCAGGAAACGAGAAGUACUUGAGCUACUACAAGCGUCAGGAUGAAUGGAAGCCUGAGAAACCUGUUGGAGCCAUUGGCGCAAUGAGUUCCAGCCCUGGUCCCGCCAUUGUGAAUCUCCCCCCAACAAUAGGUGAUGAGGGUCACGAUCCGAGAAGACAAAAAGCUCCUGCAUUUUCAGUAGGAAAAGACGUUCCAGCUCCAAAUGCGUAUACACUACCAAAGACUCUAGGCAUCGGAGAUUCGCCUUACAGCAAGGGACCUGCAUUCUCUAUUGCAGAUAGAUUAGACAAGGGCUUACACCAAUCUCCAAACCCCGGACCAGCUGCUUACAAAUUACCACCUGCAGACAAAACCAAGAGACGUAUGCCUGCUUUUUCAAUGGGAUCACAGAUCAGCUGCUCCAAGACUGGUACUGUCACUCCUGGUCCAGCCUCUAAUUAUUAUCACAUGGUAAAGUUCCACAAGCCUUCAACUCCGCGGUACACUUUCGGCAUCAAGCAUUCUCCAUUCAAAGCGUUCGAGCGUUUCGCAGCCGAGUCAUGA